UUUAACAUUAUUUGAAGCUUAUGUAAUAUUCAAGCUUGAUCUAUAUGAGAAGUUCACCAGAGUGUUUCGAAUAUAUUGUGUAAGAAAAAUGUAUUAUAUUUCAACAAGUACUAUGAGUUUGAUAUAGAUUAUAAAACUACAAAACCAUAACCGUGAAGUAUCUUCAAGCUGAGACAAUUUCAGUAUACUUAUUUUGAUGAUUCACAUAUUGUCAGUUACAAGAAAGGUCUCAACUUCAUCAAACAAAUAUAGUUGGAAAUUUUGAAUUUUAAUUGGACAAAACUUAUAUUAAUUGUUACUGAAUUUAGUUUGAACAUACAUUAUACAAAUUAUACAAAUCAAAAAGAAACCCCGAAAACAGCCAUUCGAGAAUGCCUGGUUUUUUCUCUAAAGAGAUUAAGGAUUUGUUUUCCGUUGAUCUAUAUAGAGCUUGUGCAGCAGAAUUUAUUGGAGUGUUAUUGCUGACGUUUAUGGCGUUGGGAACUGGUAUAACCAGUCCCGGUGAUCCCGUUGCUGCUUCAAUAGAAGCUGGUUUCUUUAUUGGUUGUGCAAUUAGAAUACUAUCCACUGUCAGUGGUGGUCACGUUAAUCCAGCUAUAAGUGUUGGAUUUCUGGUUCUUGGACAAAUAACAGUGAUCCGUUUUAUAUUUUAUUCCAUCAUACAGACACUCGGGUCUGCGGCCGGUGCGGCUUUACUUAAAGCUAUAGUACCUGCAAACCAGACAACCAAUGACUUAGGAAUAAUAUUUCCCGCCUCAGGAGUGAACGACGCACAGGCAAUAGUUUGUGAAAUGAUUAUUACUUUCUUUCUGCUUUUCGGAACAUUUGCCAUGAUCGAUCCAAAGAGAAUAGAUGUCAAUGGGUUUGCACCAUUCCAAAUCGGACUUAUUGUUGUCAUCAAUAUAUUUGCCACUUUCAACCUAUCAGGUGGCUGCAUGAAUCCAGCAAGAACGUUUGGUCCGUCAAUUGUAGCUGGUAUAUAUGACAAAUCAUGGAUUUAUUGGGUCGGAGAUAUGACUGGUGCAGUUUUGGGAGCUCUACUUUAUGACAAAAUCUUCUCUACAACAGCAUGUAAACGUUGGAUAAAGGCAGACUUCAGAAGAUGUAACGCAAGUAACGAAGAGAGCGAGACCUUCGACGACAAACUGGCAACUUAUAAAAAGACUGGACCUGACGAACAUAGUCAUGAAAUGUUUUAGGUUAAUCUCGUAAUUGUUUUUUAAUAAUGAGCGAUUUCUGAAAUAACAUGGAAUAUUGAAGGAAGGUGUUUGUGGCCAUUGUUUAUAAUUCGAUUCUUUAGGGUUUAUUAAUUGUCCUUAUAUAUAUGUUCAGCUGUUAUAUACAAAUGAAAUACUAGUAUUUUAUCUAUUUUUUUAUAUUAAAAUAUAGUUCAAUAAUAAUUUUCUUAUUACAUUAUAUUAAUGGAAUAAUCGGCCAAUAGAGUAUGUCGAAUUAUUGGGGUAAUACAUGUAAUUUAUUAAAAUAUAUUUAUACAUUAUACUUACUUAAUUUAUAUUCAACCUUGUAUUAAUAUUUGAAUUCAUUUUAAAUAUUUUUGAAAACGAAUUCUGUUCGCUUGUAAAGAAAAAAGAUUUGAAAAUUUACCUGAACUUCAACUUGUAUUGUACAGCAAAUGGGUGAUUUUCCUUUCGUUAUCCUUUUUUAAUAGAUUCCCAUAGAAACAGGGUUUCCAAAUGAAUUUCAAAGCUUUUAUUUGAAUGUUUCAAAUUAUAUCAGAUGUAUAUGAUAUAUAUGGGAAUUGCUUAUGACGUUUAGCUGCAAAUGCUAUAUCCUAGUUCUCUUUUUUUUUAAAUAUAAGUUAGAAAUGAUCUGUUUGUUACGUCGUCUUCAGUAAAAAAUAACAAUCCUGCAGAAACAGAGUUCGCUUCAAAGUUUUGAACAUUUUAGUUUGAUGAUAUUGAUACCGAAUGUAUAUGAGAAUUGCAUGUCAUGUUUUAAUUGGCUGCAAGAAGAUUAAAGGAGAUACCAAAUACCUUAGUUGCAUGUGUAAUCGGAUUUUUUAUUCUGUAUAUUCUGUAGUAAUAUAUUAUUAUAUAUAUUACAGGAUACAUUAUUUGUAUUUCUAUACAAAAAUUUGCUUUUAUUUUGAAAAGCUAGUAGCAGUACGCACUUGUUAUAUUUAAACAAGAACAAAAUGUCUCAUGUUUAUUUUUUAUUUUUACAUUUUCAAAAAAUGACUUCAUUAAACAAUGACAAAAAGUUUCGUCAUGGAUGACACAUCUGUAAUACAUCUAUGGUUUCAUCAACCGUAUUCUAUCGAUGUGAUCUUUUCAUUUCCAAUAAUGAAUUGAAGUUGGUUGGUAGUAACCAACUGACCGAAUGGGAUGAUGAUUUUUUUUAUUAGAAAUAUUUAGAUAAAUAAAAAAAUAAAUUAUAUAAUUUAUGAAAUAAACUGUAACCAUAAUGUAAGAAGUCAUGCGAUCUGUAUAUCACGUUACUACACGGGUUCUUGUCGCGAUAUCUCCUAUAAAAAUAGAGAACAGAUGCUUUUAAUCAUCAUUUAACUUAGAGUAUUUUGUAUCAGGUUUAGAUAUAAUUUUUAUUUUUAAACAAUUAUAUUUUAUUACGAUGGGAAAUUCAAACACCAGACACAACUUAAGGAGAUAUAAGACAAUUUAUCUCAUUUUAUAUUUUUUCACUUAAAAGUGCAUAUUUUUUAUUUAUAUACAGGAAAUGUAGUUGUACUCUUAUAAUUUUAAUAACUUAAAUGUUAUAUUAAAACUAGUACCAAUA